UUCUACAAUUGUCUAAAUCCUCCAAAACUCUUUGAUGCUAAUUUCUUUUUUAAAAUUCCAAUGAAUCACUUCUCCUAAAAACCCAUCUUACCUUUCCACUCUAAUUCUUCUUCAUGGACACAACCAACACAAACCCACCACCCUCCAUGCGGGUCCUUACCCGCCCACCCGCCCCACCACCUGCUCCGCCGCCAGAUGCUCAACCUCCCCCUUCCCUAUCACAAGCCCAAUUGUUCCCUCGCUCUCUAGACGGCGUAAUGGUAGUUGGGUUCGUUUCACGGGACCCUGAUCACUCUUCCCAGCUCAUUAACCGUGUACUUGACUCUAACGUAUUCGGGUCGGGUCAACUUGAUAAAUUACUGUUUGCUGAUAAGGAAGAAGUGAAUGAUUGGUUCAAGAUGAGGAGAAUCAGCUAUUAUCAUGAUGAAGACAAAGGGUUUUUGUUCUUGCAGUUUUGUUCGACGUGGUGCCCGUUUGUUCCCGGGUCUUUGGACUCGGAUUCGGGCCUUGACUCGGUUUUGGAGGAGAAUGAGAUUGAGGAUCUUCAAGGCUUGCUUUUCAUGUUCUCUGUGUGCCAUGUAAUUGUAUACAUUCAAGAGGGGUUGCGCUUCGACCCUCGUGUUUUGAAAAAGUUUAGGGUCUUACAAGCAGCCAAGCAUGCCUUAGCUCCGUUUGUAAGAUCCAAAACUACCCCGCCAUUACCGUCUAGGCCGCCGCAUUCUUCAUUGUCUUCCUCUAAGCAGUCCGCUUCUACUAGCUCCUCUCCAAAUAGAAGUAGUGGCGUCGUGAGUCGAAAUGGUUCAGCUGUCUCUCUCAUGUCAGGUUUAGGUUCCUAUACAUCAUUAUUUCCUGGAAAUUGUACGCCGGUCAUGCUUUUUGUCUUUAUUGAUGACCAUUUGGAUUUGCAAAACUCUAGUUCUAAUGUAGAGGAGUCAAAAGAUAUCCCCUCUCUUAGUCAGUCUCCUUCUUUGAAUGUUGCAUCUAGGCCAAAUGUGUCUACAAAGGGUUCUGGUUCAGUUGUUGUGCUAGCACGUCCUGUUAAUAAAUUUGAAGGUAGUUUCAGGAAGAAAGUGCAGUCAUCUCUUGAGGCACAGGUUCGCUUUCUUAUUAAGAAAUGCCGGACACUCUCAGGUUCUGAAACAGGUCAUACUGGUUCGAGAAACGGAGGCGUUUCAAGUUUUGCACCUUUGUUCUCACUUGAUGCGUCAAGGGCGGUUGUGCUGCUUGACAGAGUAACCAAUCAGAAAGGUGAAUCUCUGGAGUUUGCUACCGACCUUCUGGAAGAUGUUUUGAAACGCAAAGCAACCUCUGAUUCUCUUUUACUUGAAAACCAUGGUCAGAGUGCAAACAAGGAGGAUAUUUUAUCUAUAAAGGAGUUCAUUCACAGACAAUUUGAUAUCCUGAGCAGCAGAGGGGGACUGGUUUCUAGUGCCAACAGCAGCUCAGUGACUGGCGUUGGAAUGGUUGCUGUUGCUGCAGCUGCUGCUGCAGCUUCGGUUGCAUCUGGGAAAACUUUCACAACACCUGACCUUCCAAGUUUGGAAGUAUGGUUGUCAACCAGCCAGUUGAUUCUACUAGGUAUUCUCUCUGCAAAACGUGGGUGUAUAGAUGAACCUGAAGCUGGUAAAAGAAAAUCUCGCCACCGUAAUUUUGGUCCAAUCCAAGUUGAAGUGCUUGGUCAAAAAGGAACUGACCCUCUAGAUGUUGCGGUUUCUUUGUUGGAAAGUGGCAGAGGUUUGAACGCAAAAUUUUCAACUUUGUGGUGUGAAAGGACCCUUCCUUCUGCCAAGGAUAUUUAUUUGAAGGACUUACCUGCUUGUUAUCCCACUUCACAGCACGAGGCACAUUUAGAAAAUGCUUUACAAGCUUUCCAUUCAUUGGUGAGGGGACCUGCAGUGCCCAUUUUUGCAAAAAGGCUGGAGGAUGAAUGCACCUCCAUCUGGAAAUCGGGUAGGCAACUGUGUGACGCCGUUAGUUUGACAGGAAAACCUUGUGUGCACCAGAGACAUUAUACUGAUAAUACUGAGACAGAGUCAUUUGUGGAAGCGCCAGUGCAAUCACAUUCAAGUGGUUAUUUUUUCCUUCAUGCUUGUGCAUGUGGCCGUACACGUCAACUACGAUUAGAUCCUUUUGACUUUGAAUCAGCAAAUGUUAAUUGUUUGCAGGACUGCGACAAACUGCUUCCUGCUAUCCAUCUACCUGAGCAAAAAAAUGUAGGACCCGUUCAGUCAUCGUCGUGGAGCUUGAUCCGUGUUGGGGGUGCAAGGUAUUAUGAACCUUUGAGAGGCUUACUCCAGAGUGGAUUCUCUGCCUCACAGAAAUUUCUUUUGAAAUUGACAAUUGUUUUGGAGAAAACAGUAAACCCAAAUGCUGUACCACCCAAAACCACGGGGCAUUCGGUAGUGGGACGAGGUAUAGAACCCUUGGCUAAGAUUAAAGUAGAGAUAGAUGGAAAGCAAACUAGUGCUGUAAGGUCGAAUUCAGGAGACAUACAGGCCGGAGUUGAAAAUGAAAGGAAACUCCUCGGAAACAAGAAGAUUGAUGACCAAAAGAAUAGUUUUGGUAGAGGUAUUCCUAGUUUUACUUUGAGAAAACCUUUUUCUGAGGUUGUUGCUGGAUUGUCAACUAAUGAUUCAGGAUUUCCUCCUCUCCAGCAGCGAAAACAGCCUUUGGGUUCCGAGAGAGGUGUCAGACUAAAUACGGCAAAAGAUAGGAACGCAGAACAGGUGCAUACAAGUGUUGAUCAAGGAUCUCAAAAACUUGAAGAUACUAUUUCUAAUAAAGAAACUUUAAAUAGAACAUCUAUCAGCAGUGGAAUACACGGGGACCCUUAUGUACAGAUAGGAAGUAAUGCCGUUCCUGUGAACAUUAAUUGUGUUGAAAAGGUUAAAUUGAACCCUACUUUUAAACAUGAAAUAGUUUAUGUUGGCUUUGAGCAUGAAUGCCCCCAUGGGCACCGUUUCCUGUUAAAUCCAAACCACCUUAAUGAACUCGGAUAUCUAUAUUCCAUGCCUGAAGUUUCCCAAGUCCCUUCUGUCGAAAUUUCAGACUACACUCUGGCGGAUCGUUCUAAUUUGAGGAAGAAUGGUGUUCAUGGUAAAAUGCACCGAAGCUCAAAGGAGGCAAGUGUUAAUAAGGUCAGGAAUGUUGAUAAGCCAAAAGAGAUGGCUAAUGGUUCUUUACAUGUUGAUAGAUUGGUACAGUUUUCCAGGGAAGGGAAGGAUCAUAUUCACUCAUUUACCAAGGAACAAACACAUUUAGAUUUUGUUAAAAGUCUUGAAGCCGACUCUCAUUCUGUUAUCCUAGACAAUGGUGGAAGUUCUGCCUCCAUGUUGGAUAGAAAUAUACCGUUAUAUAUGAACUGUCCGUAUUGCAAGCGCAGUCGGAGUAAGAAGGAUUUGAGAAAAACUAAGUUUGCCGGAACUAUAUCUCAGUUACAAAGAAUAUUUUUGGUUACGCCUCCAUUUCCAAUUGUAUUAGCAACAUGCCCAGUAGUACAAUUCGAGGCGUCGUGCUUGCCGCCUUCAGUUGCAGACCGUGAACAAAAGGUGCAGUUCAGCCUUGGAUGUCUAGUGGUUCUACCACCAGAAAGCUUCCUUACACUUAGACUUCCUUUUGUGUAUGGGGUGCAACUAGAGGAGAUGUGUCCUUUUCCUCUUAAUGCUUUUGAACAUCAACCAGAAAUGACAGCUUGGCUUGUGAAAGGCACAGCAUUGCAGGUCAUUUCCAAGGGAAGUAGUCUCAAUGAAGAAACUGAGACGUAAAUCAGCACGGUUUUCCAUGCCUUCGUCUUUGUUAAAUUCAUAGAAGCAAAUCUCCGUUGGAUGGCCUUGCCCUGCUUAAGCUCAAGAAUUGAGUGGAAUGUGAUGAACCUAUAUUCAGGAAUUUACGAGCUGCAACCAGAAAGCAGAGAAGAGAAUGUUCUGCAAUUGUCAAGUGGCUGAUGCUUCCAAAUGUAGAUUCCUGUUGAAAUGAUGGUGAAUGCAGGUCAUGAAAACUUGAUGUUAUGCCUAUUAGCAAUGGGACAAUCUUUGAAUAGAUUUGAUUAAGUCCGUAAUUUUCAAGAAUAAACGGAGGCAAGUCUGACAAUGAAAAUAGAAUUGCCAGCAACCGGUGGAAGUGAAAAAGAUCGAGAGAAGCUCGAGAUGCAAACCUGUUCUAUUUAGGUGGCCAUUUAAAUGAGUUUCCAUUGCUGAAGCUGAGGUUGAAGUUGAAGCUAAAUUGAGUGGAACUAUAUUGAUUUUUGUGUUUCACUUCAUAUGCUAAUAAACUUCACAGCUGCUUUGGUGUUUAGAUACUUUGAGGCAAGCAGGUCUCCUAUAAUUCCCAGCUCCGGAAUCUCCGCCCAUUCUGAUAAACCAUCCGUUUGAGGAGAUUCUACGCCAAAACGUCGCCCGACUAAGAAAAGAUCAUAGUCGUCGGCUAGAGAACGGAGAGCAAACGCGGUGUCAGCUCCAUCUUUCACUGUAUGUUCUCUGUAUACUAAAUUUGGCUUAGCCUCAUUUUUAUCCACUAUUUGCUUGAUAUCCUCCAGCGCCCAAGCGUCGAGCAGUGACUCUUCAGAGUCUAUUAAUUGGACAUAUUCUGGAAUAAAACGGAUCACUGUUACGCUCGCACUUGAGUCAUUAGCUAUUCGUUUCGCUAAAGAUAACGUCUCGCGAUCGUCAGGACCCCCUAAGAAGAUCAUGCAGAUAGAAUGCGAUGUCUUUGAUGAUGCUACUGAGGUACCACGUCCUAGUUUUCCUCGGUCGAAAAAGAUUCCGACAGAACAGGGAGCUUUAUCAAGAACCUUUUGAUUUACAGUCCUUAUAAAAUUGUCUUCGGCUGUAAUAAUUCCAUGGAUCGACCAUUUUCGGUGGAGCGGAAGUAAUAUCAGAGACGUGAAAUUGCCUAAUGCGAGUAGUGAUAUAUCCUCAUUCAUCGAUUUCGAUGGCGAUAAUGCUGUAAACAUAGAAACCGAUAAACUAUCCCAGUUUCUUUGCUCGUAUUGACUGAACGAGAUGACAACACUAUGGGCGCGCGAGUCUGACACCGGUUUCUGCUUUUGAUGGGAUACGAUAAACGGUAUGUUUCGACCGACGAGUUGGAUGAGAUGGAGCACAUAAAGAGAAAUAAAUCUGUCUUUGUUCGGGUGAAAUGCGUCGAGUAAUCUGAUGAUACAAGCUAUGUUUUCGGGUUGGUGAACGCAGGCGAGAAUUCGGAGCUCGGCUUUCGGCUUUAAGUGCGAGAUGUUCCUUGCUUGAUAGCCUGCAUAUUUUUUUGAAGGAUCAUAGAGGCAUUUCACAGUUACUGCAACAAAAGUUGAGUUGAGUAUCAUGAAAAAAAUCAACAGAGCAAACACAUCUUCGCCUAUCAUCUGCAUAAGGAAAUAAUUCAAUUAAGCUAUUAUAUACUCACAUUGUCAUAUAAUUGAUAGUAGUAGAUACUAGAUAUUAUUCAAAUCAAGAAGUUAUUUGAUUGGUGUUCUCA